GAGUAGACGCGUCCUUUUCUCUGGAGUGGGAGUUGAGAAUUCAACAUCAUCUGCAUCAGUUUUUAAAGCUUGUUUGGAUAACUUAAUUGCAUUCAGGCAUAUUUAUCAUCAGUCAUGGCUGUCUACAAAUUAGUGCUGAUCCGUCACGGAGAGAGCAACUGGAACCAGGAGAAUCGCUUCUGCGGCUGGUUUGAUGCAGAUUUGAGCGAAACCGGAGAAAAGGAGGCGAAGAGAGGCGGACAGGCCCUGAAAGAUGCCGGCUUUGAGUUUGACAUCUGCUACACCUCUGUGCUAAAGCGAGCCACCAGGACACUGUGGCUGGUUUUGGACAGCAUUGACCAGAUGUGGGUGCCGGUGCAUCGGACCUGGCGGCUCAAUGAGCGCCACUACGGAGGCCUGACUGGGUUAAACAAGGCAGAGACGGCUGCCAAGCACGGAGAGGCUCAGGUGAAGAUCUGGAGGCGCUCGUUUGACAUCCCACCUCCCCCCAUGGGCCCAGAUCAUGCCUACUACAGUAUCAUCAGCAAGGAUCGUCGCUAUGCAGACCUGACUGAGGACCAGCUCCCUUCCUGUGAGAGCCUUAAGGACACCAUUGCACGUGCGCUGCCCUACUGGAACGAGGAGAUCGCCCCACAGAUCAAACGGGGAAAGAGGGUGCUCAUCGCUGCCCAUGGAAACAGUCUGAGGGGGAUCGUUAAGCACCUCGAGGGAAUGUCAGAUGAAGCCAUCAUGGAGCUGAACCUGCCCACAGGCAUCCCCAUCCUCUACGAGCUUGACAAGAACCUGAAGCCCGUGAAGCCGAUGCAGUUCCUGGGAGACGAGGAGACUGUACGCAAAGCCAUGGAGGCCGUGGCUGCUCAAGGGAAAGCCAAAAAAUAAAGACAGAAAAGCUGACUCUGUGUUUGGCAGAGAAGGUUGUCCCUAACAACUGACCUCAGAUUAGUGUUUUUCCUAAAUCCUAAUUUAUUUUGGGUUGUAAUACAUGAUGAGUUCGCAGUAUGUUGUUGUCAAAGGCAGCCUCACUCUACUUACACAGCGCAGAGAUGGUAGAUGGUGAAUGAUUGGGAUAUAUUAGGGCCAGGGGAGCCACAGCUCUCAAGAGAUUGUAAAGAAUUUUUGCUAAAAUGGUCCAUAAAUAUGACAACCUUUAAGAUAGUAGCACUGACCUGAAAUUUCUAGCUUUGCUGAUACAGGCAAUCUCGUAUCUGUAUACUUGAAUAUUUAAGAAAUAACCAUUUUAACAGUUAAAAGUCUUAAGCUGUGGUGUCCUAGGAUGGGAUAUUGAAUAUACUGAUGGUGCUAAGAAAAUUAUAUGUGUGUCUGAUCAUACAGAACUUCAUCAUUACGUGUUCAGGACAACAGUAUUAUGUAUUUGAAUACAUAUGAAAUCUUACAGGUGGUGGGAUAUUGUAGUCUAUUAUUAUUUAAUUUAAAAAUUAUGUUAAUUUUAUUUACACUCACUGGAGAUUUCUAGAUUUUGUAUUAGACUUUUAACAUAAAAGGGACCACUACUAAGGCUAGAAAAUGAUUUUCUAACUCAUAUUUAAAAGCAUUUGUUUGAUGCAUUCCUGUGAUUAAGGGAUGUCAUUUUGCAGUCUCUUGAGAGCAGGUUGAGACGGUUAGGACAACAGUCCUUUUUUUCUGUCUGUCAAUGGUAUUUGUGCCAUGUCCUUGUAUGUAGUUAUUGUCUGUGUUGAGUUGUAUUUUUCUCUGUAUUUAACUGAAUUUAGUCCAAUUUUAAUGGUGCCUAACACUGCAGUAUUGCACUGUAGAAGUGACAAACCCAUUAUUUAGAUUACAGCCCCCCAGUUUCACAGUACCAUUUGACCGCAGUGAGUCUGUGUUUCCCUCUUGGUGUCAUAGUAUUUAUUUGCCUCAUGCCACUACCGUAAAUGCCUAGGCUGGCCUCACUGCCUAAUGAGGAAGCAGUGAUGGUUUUAAGAAAACUAUCAGCUAAGAUUUGGUCUUAAAUGUCCCAUCGUGUCUAACAGCAUUGCUAUGUUUCUUUUUAAAAUGUAAUUCCCUCUGUGUUGGUUAAAUGUACCCUGCAAGCUCUCAUGGAAAUAAAUGUACAAAG